AUGAAGAUGAUGAAGAAGAUGAAUUUGAUGACCUAUUCCUUAACGGAAGAUCUAUGGACACUUAUACUAGCGAGAUUACCUCUGAAGUGCAUCGCCACUUUCAAAUUGGUAUGCAAGCAAUGGAAAUCAAUCGCGGAAUCUCAGUUUCUUCGCGAGCUUUUCUUCUCUCACCAUCAGAACUCGCACUCUUCGUGGUCGGUCAUGUGGCCAGACAAAGCGGGGUUCAGAAACAAACCUAAAGAAGUCAUGGCUCAUUACGGAUGCAAGGUUUGGGGGCUUCCAAGAUCCCUUGACUCUUACGUUUCCUCUUUCAUAAACGGCAUGACUACGAAGGAAACACAAAAUGUUAAAGUCUUGGCUUACACCGACGUUGGAUUUAUUCUGAUCAGUUCAAAAUCUGUAUCCGGUGAUGAUCAAGCCUCCUACUACGUGGCUAAUCCGAUUUCACGGCAAUAUGUCAAAAUCCCUCCUGUGCCUCGUGGCCCUUUUCACUUGAGAGCUAGAUUUUCCAGACCUUCUGGACUCGUCACAUGGAUUGAAAAUGGUGACCUUUUACGUUACAAAGUUGUCCUAAUGGAUAGAAGUAAAUCUGAAGGAGGUUUCUUAAGGUUACUGAUAUAUUCAUCUGAGACAUGCUUGUGGAGUUUUAAAACUCUUAAUUCUUAUGGCCCUUUGUGCUAUGUUGAUUGGUUCCAUCCUGUUAGCUUGAGCGGAAACCUACACUGGUAUGGCUUGACCUCAGACUAUAAAGUCGCUGUUGUAUCCCAUGAUUUCUACGCUACUGGAACGGAGUCUGAUCGAUGCAUGAGAAUGCCUAUAAGCUACAGUGAUACAUCAUCUGAAGGUCUAGAGAUAGACAUGGGCUGGGCAUAUUCGGAUGCUACUUAUGGAAUACCUGAAGCUUCUGUGGUCGUAAUAUGA